GUGGCACUUUGCCUGCUUCCACUUUGCAUUUUGUUUUGAGGUUAUCUUGGUGUAUGAUCUGAUCACCGUACUUGUUCUAAGUUAUUAAAUCUAGGUAUAAUGGCAGAUGUUGCUGGUGAAAAGGUAUCUAAGAAGUGAGUAUGUUUUGAGAAAUAAUAAUGUUUGCAAUAAAAACUAUUGCGAUCUUGCCUAGAACCUUUACGCGUACCAAGUUAAACCUGCAACCCUUCAGUAACUUAUCUUCUGCAGUUAGCCAACGUGAACUCAAACGGAGACUUAAAGCUGAACAAAAAAUAAAAGAGAAAGCAGAAAAGGCAGCUCUACAAACAGCAACCCCUGCUUCAGAAAAAAAAACAACUAAAUCAGAGGAAGAAAUCAGUCCUAACGAAUAUUAUAAGUUGAGGACAUCUGCAGUUGCUGCACUUAAAUUGGGAUCAAAGUCAGAACACCCUUAUCCUCAUAAAUUUACAGUAACGAUUUCACUCGAAGAAUUUAUAGAAAAAUAUAAUAAUGUUAAUAGUGGAGAUGUAUUGGAAAAUGUUACUGUCUCACUUGCUGGUAGAAUCCACUCUAUCAGAGAGUCGGGUUCUAAACUUAUUUUUUAUGAUUUACGGGGAGAAGGUGUUAAAAUUCAGGUAAUGGCCAAUGCUAAAAUGUAUGAAUCAGAGGAAAACUUUGCUUCUGACACUGAUAAAUUAAGAAGAGGUGAUAUUAUUGGAUGUAUAGGGCAUCCUGGUAAAACUAAAAAAGGGGAGUUGUCCAUUGUACCAAAAACCAUUAAACUACUGGCACCAUGUUUACAUAUGUUACCUCAUCUACAUUUUGGUCUAAAAGAUAAGGAAACUAGAUUUCGGAAAAGAUAUUUAGAUCUCAUUUUGAAUGAUAAAGUCAGACAAACAUUCUAUGUAAGAGCAAAAAUUAUAGCAUAUGUCAGGAGGUUUUUGGACAGUAUGGGUUUUCUGGAAAUAGAAACACCAAUGAUGAAUUUAAUCCCUGGAGGAGCUACUGCAAAACCAUUUAUCACUCAUCAUAAUGAACUGAAUAUGGAUUUAUACAUGAGGAUUGCUCCUGAAUUAUAUCACAAGAUGUUGGUUGUUGGUGGCUUAGACAGAGUCUAUGAAAUAGGGCGACAAUUUCGUAAUGAAGGUAUUGAUUUGACACACAAUCCAGAAUUCACAACUUGUGAAUUCUACAUGGCUUAUGCUGAUUACAAUGAUCUCAUGACCAUUACUGAAUCUAUGCUCUCUGGAAUGGUGAAGAGUAUUCAUGGUACAUAUAAGGUUAAAUAUCACCCUGAUGGUCCUGAUGGCAAAGAAGUAGAAAUAGAUUUUACACCACCAUUUGCCCGAAUGCCAAUGAUAGCAACUUUAGAAAAAGUACUGAAUGUGAAAUUGCCUUCACCUGAAGAAUUUCAUACUCCAGAAACAAAUGCUUUAUUCAGUCAACUUUGUGAAAAACAUGAGGUAGAGUGUCCUGCUCCUCGUACAACUGCCAGGUUAUUAGACAAGUUGGUUGGAGAAUUUCUGGAAGAGAAAUGUGUAAAUCCAACAUUUAUUUUAGAUCAUCCACAGAUCAUGAGUCCAUUAUCCAAAUAUCACAGGGAAAUACCUGGCCUUACAGAAAGGUUUGAAUUAUUCGUGAUGAAGAAGGAAGUAUGCAACGCAUAUACAGAAUUAAAUGAUCCAGCUACACAAAGAGAACGAUUUGUACAACAAGCUAAAGACCGUGCAGCAGGUGAUGAUGAGGCCCCACCUACAGAUGAAGCUUUUUGCACAGCUCUGGAGUAUGGCCUUCCACCUACUGGGGGAUGGGGACUUGGAGUUGAUCGUCUCACUAUGUUCCUCACUGACUCUAAUAAUAUAAAGGAAGUUCUGCUAUUCCCAGCCAUGAAACCUGAUGACCCCAACAAGAACAAUGCUGAUGAGAAUACUGAUGGAGUACAAAACGGAGAGUAGUAGCUAAAAUAUUGUGUUUUGUAAGAGUAAAGCUUUCUAGUUCAUUAUAUAUUGACUAAACUUUGUUUUCAUAUUAUUUAUAACAUCUUAAAAUUAUUGCGUUUCAUUAAACAUGUAUAAAUACAUAUAUUCGCUGUAUUAUUUAGCACUUAUAAUAAGGUGAUUCUUGUAAUGGCUCCUAUACACUACGCCAGGGGUGCUCAAACUUAACGCAAACGUACUGUGCCGUGCGUAACGCAUUUCUCCAGGUCAAAAAAAAGGGUGCUCAAACUUGAACUUUUUAGACUACUUACAAUCAACUCUGAGAGGCUGCAAUAUGUGUGAUGCAAGGUUGUCGUACAUACACGAUACACCGCACCUACCUAGGUAAAACAUAUAACAACUCCCUUGUGAGGUCAAUCUGCACUACAUAUAGUACCUCUCCUUUCAAACCAGUGCUAUC